AUGAAGCGGAAGCUCGUGUGCGCUGCAGCCGAAGAAGAGGACGACUCUGACAAUGACAAUGAAAUGGUUGUCAAGCCUCCGUCAAAGAAGCUCCUCAAGACGGAGACACCGCCCUUGAAGGUCGCCCCGCCGGAGGAGGUCCGGUCGCCCGAGCAGCCUGGAGGUUCUAAGAAGAAAGAGAAGGAGUUUGCUUGGAUGGAUUCGGAUGAGGAGGAGGACCAGGAUCGUGGCAAAGGCGAUGAUCCAAAGGAUGCCAAGCCUGCGGAUUCACCGAAGAAGACAGAGAAGACUGAGGAACUCUCUGGGAGCGAGGAGGAGAACCAAGAUGUAAGUGCUGCGACAUUGGAUGGAGUGGAGACCUUUGGGAGGAUGAUGGUGCUUGCUCCUGCCCUGCUCAAAAAGAUCCCAAGGAUGCUUCCUGAAGAUGUCGCGGCAGCCUGUAGGGCCCUUGCGCGAACGAAGUUUUUCGACGGUGAUAUCAUCAGGGUUCUGAACGGCGUCCUCAAGAGGCUUCUCCUGAGAGAUAGGAUGACGGUGGAACAAGCCGAUGAUGUCUUGAAGUGCUUCGCGAGCUUGAAUGUCUACGACGAAGGUGUCUUUAGCGCCAUCGCCCGACAAAUGAAGGUGCGAACCUCUUCGAUUGAUCAGGUGAUUCGAACUCAGUGGUUCGAUAUCUACAAGGGCUUCAAUCACAGUGGCGACAAGGACUUCUAUCAACUGCUGGAAGUGCCGCAUUUGACUGCCCUUAGCCCAGGCUACAAAAGGCUGCGGUGUUUCCACAACCAGAAUGGGCUUUGUGCCGUCGGAGAUGCCUGCACCUAUUCCCACGAUCCUCGUGCUCCCAUCGAGUUGGAGUCCGCCUUUGUGCGACCGGUCUCCAAGGUCAUGAUGACGCAGACACAGUCCAAUAUGGGGCGAGACGUCUAUGGUGGGCCGCGGAACGGCCAAAUGAACACUUGA